CCCACCCCCACCCCCACCCCCACCCCAUAAGGGAAAAAUCCCUUUUUUGCUAAGAAAGCAUUGCAAACAGCUCAUUUUUGGGUCACCUUGCUUUGUGUUCAUCAAAAUUCUUUGAUAAUACCCACAAUGGUAGGAAAAAACAGCUCUAAUCUUCCUCCUGGUUUUAGGUUCCAUCCAACUGAUGAGGAAUUAAUCAUGUGUUAUCUUCGAAACCAGGCAACAUCGAGGCCUUGCCCCGUGUCAAUAAUCCCAGAAGUCGAUAUUUACAAAUUUGAUCCUUGGCAAUUACCCGAGAAAGCGGAAUUUGGAGAAAAUGAAUGGUACUUCUUUACCCCUCGAGAUAGGAAGUACCCGAAUGGGGUGAGACCGAAUAGAGCAGCUGUUUCGGGUUAUUGGAAAGCCACGGGUACAGAUAAGUCAAUUUACAGUGGAUCCAAAUAUGUAGGUGUGAAGAAAGCUCUCGUUUUUUACACUGGUAGACCACCAAAAGGUAUCAAGACUGAUUGGAUUAUGCAUGAAUAUAGAUUAAACGAACCAAGAUCACAACCCAACAAGCAAAAUGGAUCCAUGAGGUUGGAUGAUUGGGUCCUAUGUAGGAUCUACAAGAAGAAGAAUACGACAAGAAGUGUAGAGCAGAAAGAGCAGGAGGAUUGGGGUGCUCAAACAUUGACUGCUGAUGAUGCUAGUGGUUCACAAACAUUCAAAUUUCCUAGACCUUGUUCAAUCAAUAAUCUAUGGGAAUUGGAUUGUUUGGGUUCAAUCUCACAACUUUUAAAUGACAAUGCAUACAAUUCAAGCUUUGAUGGAAAUUUCAACCGGCCGAUGGAGAAGCUUGAGCUUGGAGAAAUGUCAUACCAAUAUCCAGACUCUGUCAAGUUGCAAAUGAAUCAGAGUAGCAGUUUAAACCAGCAAAAUUUUUUGAACCCAGUGUUUGAAUUUCAGUAAACUAUUGCAUUUGGGUGAAGAUUGUGCUGAUUAGGGGAAAAACACCAACUGUUCUAUAAUUGUAAAAUUUGUGAUUAAAUGAAAAGUUCAUGCAUGCCUUUCCAAUAUAACUAGCAUAUCAGCAAUCUUGAGUUCAAAUAUAUUUUGUUUUAUCCAUGUGGUAAUCUCAUUCAAUUUCAUUUAUCGGUAUAAAAUUCAUUCCAAAAGAUUUUUU